AUGUCGCACGUGGCGUUCAACGUCGAGAACCCGCGAGAGGGCAAGAUUCGCGUCGAGACCAUCAACAAAAACCGGUGCAAGGUCCAUCUGGGCAUGCUUCUGGUGAGUUUCCUUUCCUGUUAUUUUUCAUAAACGAUUUUUCUGUUGAACUUGUUGCUCACAAGAAAAAAGAUCCAGGAGAAUUCGAUGGCAAGUUGAAAAGCUCUUUGCACUGAAACACACAGAAUCUAUAUUUUGUUCUCAUUUCCAAACAAUUCAGGCCGACAAUUCGUAUUCUGUGGAAGUACAGGUUCCACUCAGUCAUGAGUACGAGCCCAAGUCAGAGACGCUCGAGACGGAUUUCGCUUCGAUCUCAGAAAUACGUCUCAAAGAAGAUGGUUUUUCUUGUCACAUAUCAGAAUAUCUUGGAAAUCUGCGUUCCAGGCUCUGAUAGUUCAUUUUUGUCGUUCAAAAUACGGACGAAAGAGAUAGACGGGAACUAUGAAGCUGUCGUGCAUCUUAACGGGUCCUCAGAAGCGGCAAAUGUCGUUCUUCUCAUUGACUGCGUCAUAAUUGGUUAGUUUCUGAAUUCCAACGUCGUGAAACGAACAGCUCCAAAAUUUAAAAUUGUUAUCAUUUUUUUUUUUUGGAGUCAUUAAUAUCAUAUUUUCAGAAGACCGCUACGGCCAUCCUUUCAUCCGUGAAGGAAUCAAGGAUCUUUCUCACAAGCAUGCCUAA